AUGCGAUUGUUAAUACCAUUUGCGUUCGUACAUUUGUGUGUCGCGUCAGAAGAUUAUCUAACGAAACGUGCUAAGCUUUUACUAGAUGAAUCAACCAUGACAAUAGGAGGAAAUAUUAUUCUAAGCGAUAAAGAAUCUAUCGUUAACAACUGUCUGAUGCAACACAAGUUCAACGAGGUCGACUACGGCUUUGAUAACCCGCAGUACUACAAUUUCUCACAGCACUUCUUCGCGUACAAGGAUCGAAUACGUAAAUCAAAGGUCUACCAGAUCAUCCGCGAUAUGCCCAAAGGAGCGGCCCUGCACAUCCAUGAUAUGGGUCUCCUGGAACCGAACUACGUCCUAAACAUAACAUACAUGGACAAUCUUUACGUUUGCUUCGAGAAUAAUGAUGUGAAAUUCAAAUUCGCUGAUAAAAUACCACGCGAAGACUGUGGAAACUGGACCUUGAUGAGUGAAGCUCGAAAUUCUGCGGAAAACAUCACAAAGUUCGACGAAAAGUUAAUGAAAUAUUUCUCGAUAUGUGUACCCGAUCCUGCCGUAAUCUAUCCCAGUAUAAAGGAGGUGUGGUACGCCUUCACAGAAUAUUUCAAAAGGGUCGCUCCGAUGAUGGCCUAUAGACCGGUGUGGGAGCAAUACUUUUACGAUGUGUUAAAGAAAUUCAGGGACGACAAUAUUAUGUACGUGGAAAUACGAAGCGUCCUCUUAAGCCUGUACGACAUAGAUGGAUCUACUUAUGAUCCCCUGAUCACUGCUAAAACUUAUCGUAAAGCUUUAAAGCGAUUCAUGAAGGAUUAUCCUGAUUUUUUUGGCGCGAAACUCAUCUACGCACCGCCCAGGAAUAUACAACCUAAUACUUUGGACGAUUACUUGAAAUUAGCAUUUAGAAUCAAAGCCGAUAUGCCGGAAUUCUUCGCCGGAUUCGAUUUGGUGGGGCAAGAGGAAACGGGCAGCCCAUUGAUAGAGUUCAUUCCCCAAUUACAAGCAGCUGGGAAGGAUAUUAACUAUUUUUUCCACGCGGGCGAAACCAACUGGUACGGGACUCUGAUUGAUGAGAAUUUGGUAGAUGCUGUGCUUCUAGGGGCUAAGAGAAUUGGGCACGCGUAUGCUUUGCCAAAGCACCCCUUAGUUAUGAAGUUGAUAGUCGAUAAUGAUGUAGGGUUGGAAGUGAACGUGAUAUCGAAUGCGGUGUUGGCGCUGGUUCAUGAUGUGCGUAACCAUCCCUUGAGUGCAUUCAUAGCUCAAGGCCUUCCAGUUGUCCUGUCAAGUGACGAUCCUGGCGUAUGGGGUGCUGAUCCUCUUUCAGAUGACUUUUAUGUGGCCUUCGUUGGUGUUGCUAGUCGUUUAUCUGACAUACGGCUGCUAAAACAGUUCGCGUUAAAUUCAUUAAAAUACAGCGCAUUAAGCAGUACUGCUAAAGUUUCUGCGAUUCGGAAGUUUAAACAACGAUGGAGUACUUUUAUUAAUAAUUUCGACUGUUCUAGAUAUUCAAGUAAAUAA